AUUCAUGGACCAGACCACCCAGACACCCUAACAAGUGUCGAGGGCCUGGCUGGGGCACUACUAGACCAAGGAAAGUACGACGAAUCAGAGAAGAUGCAUCGGCUGGCACUGGAGGGGUGCGAGAGGAUUCUUGGACCCGGCCACCCAGGCACCCUAAAAAGUGUCACCAACGUGGCUAGGGUGCUGCAAUCCAAAGGAAAGUACGACGAAUCAGAGAAGAUGCAUCGGCGUGCACUGUAACAAAAACUGACGCUGGAAUCUGAUCGUGUCUGUGAGAACUUGCUCUAGAAGGGAACAGGAUUGAAACGAAGACUUUGAUUUGAGAGAGAUAAAGGAACUGACAACUUGCUACUACAACUAAGGUGGGUCAUCACAGCCCUUAAGUGCAAAGUACUAAUAGCAACUCUUCCAGGAGUCUGAACAUACACGGGCAUGUUUCCACCACUUCGCAUACCUCCUUCUCUUCUUUUCUUCACCGAUAUUUCAUUACCGGUCCUCCGGUCUUCUGUCCCAUCGCUGCCUUUACCGAUGUUCUUCCACAUUCUCUCCGAUCGCCCUCUUUACCGCUGCUUAGCGGUCAUUUCUCCGGUUCUUGCUUCACCGCUAUGGUAUGCACAUCUCUCCGCUUCUCUAAGACAACUAACUACCCCACAUUCUAUAUCUAUCAUUAUACAGUUCCUGACCGACAAGAUAUACCUCAUAGAGAAAGAAAGAAAUCACUACGGAAUGAACUCCGGAGACUAGCUCCGGAGGAAGCACCAGUGAUUAACAAUACACUAGAGCCCUGCGAGGACAUUCUUGGACCAGACCACCCAAUCACCCUAACAAGUGUCAACAACCUGGCUGGGGUGCUGCAAUCCCAAGGAAGGUACGACGAAUCAGAGAAGAUGUAUCGGCGUUCACUGGAGGGGCGCGACGAGAUCCUCGGACCAGAUCAUCCAAACACCCUAUCAAGUGUCAAAAUCCUGGCUACGGUCGUGCGGCUGCAAGGUAAGCGUGGCGAUUCA